CUGAGAGCUGCGGCCGCCCACUGGAUCGACAGCAAUCUGUCGGCCGGUACGCGGCUGGCCGCCGGGCUGUUGUUGGCCGCCUCGCUGGUGGCGCAGGAAGAUCUGCUGCUGCGCGGCGCUCAGGCGCUAGCCUUCGCCUCUUUGGCGUGGCUGGUGCAGCCGCGGCUUCGUUUGCGGCGCACCAUCGUGUUUCUUGCGGCGACCGUCGCGUUCAAUUUGCUCACUCCCGCCGGCCGGGUGCUCCUGCAGAUCGGUGGCGUUGUGGUGACCGAAGGCGCGCUGAUGGUCGGCGCGGGCAAGGCUGCCAGCCUCGGCGGGUUGCUUUUCCUCUCGCGGCUCAUGGUCGAUCCGCGCCUGCGGCUGCCUGGGACGGCUGGAGCGCUGGUCAGCUCCACGAUGACGUUUCUUGCCCGGCUCAUGGAAGAACGUGUUCGCUUCCGACUCCGUAGCCCGGUCCGGAGCCUCGACCAGACCUUGUUGGCUGCGGGCAGCGCUCCGCACGAAGCGGUUCGGGUGCGCCGCGCUGGCAGCACCACGAUGAUGGGAAGGGUAUGCGCGGUUGCCGUGCUCGUGCUCUGCGGCUGCGCGGUCGUGUGGGGACGUCUGCGCGGCUGA